GUUUGCAAUGGUGUUGAACAAGCAAAGAUCCUUACCUAGUCCAUUAGCUGUAUCUAUUCCUGCAACUAAGAUAUGGACUUUCGAUGUUUUCUUGAGUUGUGACCAUGAAAACAUCUUCUCAUCCCACUUAUACCACAAGUUACAGUCUCGACGUAUCUUUACUUUCUUUGGAAGAAACACAACUAGUCCUCUGGAGCUCUUUGGUGCAAUCGAAGAGUCAAGGUUUGCCAUUGUUGUUCUGUCGCAAAACUAUGCUUUUUCGCCUCAGCGCUUGAAUGAACUUUCGAAGAUUCUGGAGUGCAUGAAAGAUAGGAACAGGAUUCUGCCAAUCUUUCAUGAUGUGAAUCUCUCCCAUGUUCAGAAGCAGAAGGAUAGUUUUGGGAAAGCCUUUGACGAGCACUUGAAAAGGUUUCAUGAUGACUUGGCUAAGGUUGAAGCUUGGAGAGAUGCCUUAGCCAAAGUCUGUAAUUUUGCUGGAUGGACCUCCAAUGACAGGAAUGAAGUAGAGGUUAUCGAAGAAAUUACAGAAGCGCUGUGGAAUAAACUACAUUUUAGGCAUAGUCCAGAAGAAAAACUACAUUCUACACACACAUUCUUAGAGUCCACACACUUGGUCUCAUUAAGUGGCAUUAGUUCGACUCAGCAGACCCGUGACCAUGAUGAGCCAAAGAAAAUUACGGAUGUUACUCCAGUAGAAUGGUACUUUCUACUCGCUAACCUUGGCCUGGAGAUUUUUUCAGCUGUCUUUGACCAGGCUGCCUCCCCAGAUAAGCCACACUAUGCACUCUUUGGUAUGCUGUUUUCUGUUGCAGCUAUGUUUGUUUGCAUUUGGGAGCUCAUUCACAAAGGCAUCAAGGAAAAAGUGGUAUUGAAGAAGUUUGGAAAGCUGUGGUGGUAUUUUUACCCACAUCCCCACGAAAGAACGCCUUUUGGUAGUCUCCCUGACAUUUAUGGACUAAUUGGAGGAACUUCUCAGUGCAUAUGCUCCAUUACUCAAUAUGUUUACUUCUCUUGGCAUGCUGACAGUCCCAUAAAACUAUCCCUUUUACCUGCCAUCUUUCUUUUGUGUUUGGCCGGUUCAAGACUAAAUAGGAAUCGAAACCAUUGUCAGACUCUUGGACCUAAAUCCUUAAUCAAAGACUGAUUGUAAGAACAACUGAUGAGUAGAUAUGGAAAUGCAGUUGCUGCUUAUCUAUGUCAUGUGUAUUGAUAUCAGUGUAUAGCUUUUUUUUUUUCAGAAGGGAAUAUCAGUGUAUAGCUUAAUCAGUUUAACAACGAUAUCUAACAAUUAAUUUAGAGAUACCCUCUCAUUAUACAA